AUCUUCUUCUUGCUAGAAUGUUACGAUUAAUUAGGCUCUUGAUGCAAGUCCAGCAGUACCGUGCCUUUGUUGCCACGUUUUUUACCCUCAUACCAAGUUUGAUGCCAUUUAUGGGCAUCAUAUUUUGCAUUCUAUGCAUCUAUUGCUCUCUUGGUUUACAGAUAUUUGGUGGUCUAGUCAAUGCUGGGAACCCCAAAUUAGAAGGAACAGAUCUUUCUGAUAAUGACUAUCUACUUUUCAAUUUCAAAGACUACCAAAAUGGAAUGGUGACACUUUUCAAUUUACUAAUAAUGGGAAACUGGCAAGCCUGGAUGCAGGUAACACUAAUCUGUCACGAUCAUCUAUAUCUUCUCUUCAUUCAUACUGCUCUGUGCAUGACUGAAGAAUAUGUCAACUUGUCUUUGCAGUUCACUUGUGAUUUAUGUUUACCUAGUUAACUAGUGAAAAUUAUGCCCUUUGUGGCUUGUUCUUAUUUGUUCCAUAUCCUUUCUAGCAACCAAAGGUUUUGGUGCCUUGUUUAUCUUGAGCUAACAAUUAAUCAGGAUGGUGCACCUUGCAGAAUAUACAAAAUUGUGUUUCCCACAGGACUAAAUAUGGUUGGAGAUGCUCAAUAUGAUUGACUUUGUACUUUUCUUUUGAUAACAGAAAACAAAGUUUGGCUUGAGUUGCUUGCCUAAUGGAUUACUUGUGUCAAUAGAUAUGUCUAGACCAACUACCUAGUCUAACGAUGAAAUAGAAAAGCAAAAAUAUUGCU